UCAUCCAGCAUGCUGUGCCCACCCCAUGCCAAGGUGCACUGACCAUGAGCCUCAACUCCUCCCUUGGCCACAGGAAGGAGCUAAGCAACCUCACCGUGGAGGAGGGAGGUGAAGGGGGUGUGAUCGUCACCGAGUUCAUUGCCAUUAUCAUCAUCACCGUGUUUGUCUGCCUGGGAAACCUGGUCAUCGUGGUUACCUUGUACAAGAAGUCCUACCUUCUCACCCUCAGCAACAAGUUUGUCUUCAGCCUGACCCUAUCCAACUUCUUGCUGUCUGUGUUGGUGCUGCCAUUUGUGGUGACUAGCUCCAUCCGGAGGGAAUGGAUCUUCGGUGUGGUCUGGUGCAACUUCUCUGCCCUCCUCUACUUGCUGAUCAGCUCGGCCAGCAUGCUCACCCUCGGGGUCAUUGCCAUAGACCGCUAUUAUGCUGUCCUAUACCCGAUGGUGUACCCCAUGAAGAUCACAGGGAAUCGGGCUGUGAUGGCGCUUGUCUACAUCUGGCUUCACUCCCUCGUCGGCUGCCUGCCUCCCCUAUUUGGUUGGUCUUCGGUGGAGUUUGACGAGUUCAAGUGGAUGUGUGUGGCUGCCUGGCACCGAGAGCCUGGAUACACUGCCUUCUGGCAGAUCUGGUGCGCCUUGUUCCCCUUUCUGGUCAUGCUGGUGUGCUAUGGCUUCAUCUUCCGUGUGGCCAGGGUCAAGGCACGCAAGGUGCACUGUGGCACGGUGGUCAUUGUGGAGGAGGAUGCACAGAGGAGUGGGAGGAAAAACUCAAGCACCUCCACCUCCUCUUCUGGCAGUAGGAGGAAUGCCUUUCAGGGCGUGGUCUACUCAGCCAACCAGUGCAAAGCCCUCAUUACCAUCCUGGUGGUCCUUGGUGCUUUCAUGGUCACCUGGGGCCCCUACAUGGUUGUUAUCACUUCUGAGGCACUCUGGGGGAAGAACUAUGUAUCCCCCACCCUGGAGACCUGGGCCACAUGGCUGUCCUUCACGAGCGCUAUCUGCCACCCCCUUAUCUACGGACUCUGGAACAAGACAGUUCGCAAGGAACUCCUGGGCAUGUGCUUUGGGGACCGGUAUUACCGGGAACCCUUUGUGCAGCGACAGAGAACUUCCAGGCUCUUCAGCAUUUCCAACAGGAUCACAGGUAACUUGGGAACCUCCUUUCCGCACUGGGCAGACAAGACCGCCCUCGGGGAUUCCCACCCCACCGCACCCCACGAGCCCCUAAUUCUCGUCCGGAAUUCCGCGGGGCCCCGCCCUCAGUCCCGGAAGAUACGGCCCUCUCCCCCGGAAGUUCUGGCCCCGCCCCCGGAAGUCCCUGGCCCCGCCCUCCCCCCCGGAAGUCCCUGGCCCCGUCCUCACCCCGGAAGUCCGCGCGACACGGCCCUCACUCCCGGAAGUCUGCGCGACCUGGCCCUCCCUCCCGGAAGUCCCUGGCCCUGUCCUCACUCCGGGAAGGCCUGGCCCCGCCCCCUCUCCCGGAAGUUCCCUGGCCCCGCCCACACCCCGGAAGUCCGCGCGACACGGCCCUCACUCACGGAAGUCUGCGCGACAAGGUCCUCUCCCCCGGAAGUCCCUGGCCCCGCCUUCGCCCGGAAGUCAGCGCGGCUGCGAUUCCCCACACUCUCGCCGGUUUGCAUCCGUGGAUUGCGGCGCAGGUGCGCGCGCCCCGGUGGGGUCCAGGGCGGGUGGCCCCGCGCUUUUCCCCCGCGUCGUGGGCGCGUUCUGCGUUCCCACCUUCAGCUGGGCCUGCCCAGGGGUGGCACUCGCGGCCUCUUGGUCCUCCACGUCGAGUGGCUCCCGCGACCCGGGUCGUCCUCCGCAGAGGGCAGCGUCCUCUCUCGGACCCGUAAGCCCGGGACGCGGGGCCGAUUGCGGGCUGAGCAGACCUGGCCCUGGGAUGCGCGUGUGUACGGGCGCGCGGGGCCUGGGCGUCUGUGGACCUUGAAGCGGAGGGGCGAGUCGUAG